UCAGUCGCACGUCAACCUCUACGGCAAUAGGGCUGGCGGAGUUCAUUGGGUGUUCGCUUUUCCGGUGGUCGUCGCAUCGGGUCAACUGCGCAGCGGAGAACAGGUGCGGCAGCAAGGAUAACGCAGUGGUUAAUUAUAGGGAUUAUUGAUUGGCAACAUGGCCUGCCGCACGUCGUUCCUGAAAGCCGUUCUUAUCGCUCUCAAUGUGCUGCUAUCGCUGAUUGGAGUGACUUUGAUUGCUCUGUCCGUGUACGAGCUGAACAGCUCCACGCCGGGCACCUUCGAGCACAUCGCCAUCGUGGUGCAGAUCUUCGUGGGCACCUUCGUGGUGCUGACCUCGUUCCUGGGCUGCUUUGCCUCGGCUCGGGUCUCCCUGGGCCUGGUUUGGAGCUAUGUGAUCUGCCUGCUGAUUUUGCUGUGCCUGCAGAUUUACAUAAUCGCCGCAGCCCACUCUACGGACUACGUAGAGCGCUCCAGGAAGGACUUCCUGGCCAGCUGGGCUGAUCAAAGGGACAGUGUGGAGCGGAUAGCGCUCCUCGAGCAAAGGUACUCCUGCUGCGGCCAAUCGGGCGCCCGUGACUAUGUCCUGAUGGGCCGGGGAAUACCCCUGAGCUGCUACAGGGCGCAGGAGCGGCGCGAGAACAGCCUCUUCGCCGCGGGCUGCCUGCAGGCUGUGCAGGCUCAUGCCACCGACAACGUGACCAUCGGGCUCAUCAUCAAGUGGCUGCUGCUGCUGGUGGAGUUCGCCGCCCUGGGAGCCGCCACGCACUUGGGCAUCACGGUGCGCAAUAAAUUACGGCGCGAAAGAUUCUAACAGGUCUCUUGGAAGCGCAUAAUUCGAUAUCUAUGGAUGUUUAUAGCAGUUUAGGAUGAUCUGGAGGCAACAGAAGCGUAGAAUAAAAAACAAACCAGAGUCAUAAUAUUCAAUAAGUGUUGUUUGUGCCCACUAUGCGGAAUUUCGGCGGGCCUGCUAGUGGAUGUAUGUUGCCCAUAAAGAUGCGUAUAAAUAUAUACGAUCCAUCGGGUGCACUCAAAGAAAAUCUACUACAUUUUAGAAGUAUACCUUUUUAAUAAACAGAAACAUAA